AUGAACACCAAAAGCAUUAGGCGCGUGGCCUCAGAGCUUAGCCUGGGGAUGUCGCCCCCGAGGCGUAUGAUCUCCAACCAGUCGCAGGUUUCAGACUUCAGCUCUUCCACUCCUAGUGUAGGGGGAAGCCCCAUCAAACACAAGCAAGAGACUACAUCCAGGUCGAAAAAGGGCGUGAACCGCUGGGUCGGUCAAGUAAAAGACUGGUUCAGCACCGGAGAGCCGUCCGCUCAAGAUUGGAAACAGCUGAAAAAGAAAGAGUACCGGAAACACGGUGUCUCACUCAAAGAUCCUGCUGCUAGUGAAAAACUUCAGGCGCCUAUUGGCGUGAUCCCUGAAGAAGCCAUCAAGCCAUCAAGCGGGCCUGACCCAGAGGUGCUUGCUAUGAAGAGGGCUGUUAACCGGAAGCAAUUGCGCCAGGCACAUUGCUCGGGGAGGCCGUCGGCAUCUUUUUCCUCAACGUCGUCCUUGAGCAGCCGUGAGCUGAAUCCUGUCGCCCCGUGGGCGUAG